UUGUUUUUAUAUUCUUGUCACUUUAUUAUCUUUUAAUAUUUCGGAUACCACUUGGAUCAACAUACAUGUACAGCAAUAUUGGAUUUGUUUAUACGCGGGGGGUUGGGAAGAGAAAACCAUCAUGUACGAUUAUAGACGAAUAUGACUUGACAUUAAUACUAGACUCAUGCGAUCCAUAUUGCUUUUUCCCCUCCACAUGGCUGUUUCUGCACGUGGCUGCAGUGACACCAAACAAUCUCUCCGGGGCAUCCUGAAGCAUUUCCCAAUCUGGCAAUUCUCAGACGGUCGUUUCCCCGCCUUUUUCUUCCCCAGCCAGAUCAAAAGGCCUCUUCUUCUUUUUCCUCUUCUUUGUUGCUUCUGCUGUCGUCAAGUUUUCUCCGCAUUUCAGUCUGGGCAUUUAUCUCUCUUUGUCGUCUCGGUCAGACUCAUCUCGAUCUUUGUGGUCCAUCGCAUCCCCGCUUUUUCUUCAACUCCACAUUUUCUCACUUUCCCGCUUGUUUCUCCCGCUUUUCUUCGGUCUCCGGAAUGAUGAUUCUCCCUCAUUGCUGACCACUUUCUCUUCUUCUCCCCUAUCGCGUUUUCCCUAGACUCUCUCUUUUCUUCCUUCCUUUUAC